AUGACGGCAGCUAUCGAGGAUGCAGAGGACAGAGCUUCAAGAAGAGAGGCCCUGGCUCUGGCCAGAAGAGACCGAGAGCAGCAGCGGGCUGAAGACAUCUCCCCAACAACCGCAGCUGCUCUGCCUGGUGAACCAGCCUCCCGCCCCAGUCGCAGAAUGUCCUCCGAGAGCCCCACUUGGAACCUAAUCACUUUGUCUUUUGACGUCACUGACGGAAAAGAUCGCAUCAUAUUUGUGACCAAAGAAGACCAGGAGGCACCCAGCAAUGCCGAGCUAGUAGCAGAUGACCCCGAUGAUCCUUACGAAGAGCAGGGUCUGAUCCUGCCCAGUGGAGACAUGAACUGGAACUGCCCAUGUCUGGGAGGCAUGGCCAGUGGACCAUGUGGCUCUCAGUUCAAGGAGGCCUGUUCCUGUUUCCACUACAGUAAAGAAGAGGUGAAGGGCUCCGAUUGCCUUGAAAACGUCCGUAACCUGCAGGAAUGCAUGCAGAAGAACCCCGAGCUCUACCCCCAGGAGGAAGACGAAGACGUCGCCACUCAGCAGGAGUCCGACUCUGCUCUGACCUCCGCCGCCCCACCUGACACUUCUGCCUUAUCGCCCGAGAGUGAACCAUCUCCGGCUCCUUCUGCGGUCACGCCUGACAGCUCCUCAGCCACAGACGGCCAGACUGCCAGCUAA